AUGGUAAGCCUUUUCCGAAAGCUUUUUCUUUUAGGAGACUCCCAAAUUCCACUUCCAACCCACAUCAAUAUCGCUGUUACUGUCUCAUCAUUUACACUCCACAAACACGGUUCCGACGACGAAUUCCACAUCACCCUUGAGGCAACUCUUCCUCAAACCCCGAAUACGCCCGACAAACUGCUUACCAUCCUUGUAUUUGGCACGCUCCUAGACCCUAGCGGCAUAGCCCUUUAUGAAAACGGCUUUGACUUUAUCAAUGUUGACACAGGCGCUCCCGCGAAGCGUCCAAACCUGACCAAACAUUAUAGCUUUGGUGGGAUAUCUGAUAUCCCUAUUGAACCCCAGUUUGAGCGAUAUUUCGUCACCCUUCAGCCUGGUGUGCCUCACCAAGUGAUGUUUACCUUAAGGCCCUGUCCCAGGAACCAGCCACACAGUAAAGAAAAUCCUGAACGGCUUAGAGCUGCGUGUGGGGAGCUAGUUAUAACUAAUGAGAAUGAGGCCAUAGUUGCAGCGGGCUUUUCUCAUGUCACACAUUUGGAAGUGGGAUCGACGUAUCGUGUUGAGUUCGGGAAUAAGCUGAAUCUGAUAUCCUGGUAUCGAUAUGGGCCAAAGGAGCGGGUUCUGGAGGGACAGGGUGCUGGAGGUGGUCUCGCGAAACAACGGCGAGAGCUAGUAGGGGACAGUGGGAUGCAGCCAAUCCCCCUCGUGAUGCAGGGAUCCGCUAGCUUCACUGUGGAAGAACAGAUAACUAAACGUUCAUUGCCGCGACUCGUCAACUUUGACAAUAACAACGCCGAUGACCGAAAAAGGAACCUCAAGAUUCGACAAGCCUUCCGUGACAGUCUUCAGCUGAUGGACUACGUUAUCAAUGGUCUUAACGACGGCAAAGCACUGGGCAGUGACCCUGCAAGAGGUGCAGAUGAACUGGGAGAACUCUACAUCACAAAUAUUGAUGUGAACAAUGAAUGUGGGGAUGAUCCUACCUUGUUAGCAUAUACUGGUAAAGAUGAUAAGGGCAACCAGCUCAUCCAUCUAUGUGACCGCCUUUAUAACAAGCCACUCAUCAAAGAUGUUAAAUGCGAGGAGCUAGGGGAUACUGUUGGUGCUACCAUGGCUGUGAUGGGUGCAACUCUGUUGCAUGAAUUCUUGUGA